GCCAAAAUCAGAUUCCUUUUCAACUCUCUCUGUCCUCCUUCACACACACACAAACGCACGCUCACUUCUCUCUCUCUCUUCUUGAAAUAUGGCUGUUUGUUUUACUGCUCUGUAGCUGCUGCUGGUUCUCUGUUUUCUGCUCUGAUUGACACAUAUAUAAAAAGGACCUUUUCCAUUAAAGCACUUCUCUUUCUAACUGUUACUAAAGUACAGAGUAUGUGUGUCGGUCUUCAGUCAUGAGAGAGAAACAAGAAAGAGAAGCAAAAAUGUGUUCAGAAACUGGGCUAAUGUUCGCGUAUCUCCGUCAAGAAAUUCAGCAGUUUGAUGAUUUCUGUUCCUUACAGAAACCAAAUGCUUCAUUGGGCAACCUCAUUCAGACAUCUACUGUAUCAGAUUACAACCUUGGUGGAGAAGGGGAUCUCUUCAAGGCUCCUGAACCAGUACUCGAAGAGCUGAUGAUGGACCUUGAUCCAAUGACAGCUGUUUUUUCAAUGAUUUCAUGCGGAGAAGAUGUCAUCUCUCCACAAGCAAUGUCGGUAUCGGAUAUUGAAUCGUCAAUUGAGAAUGGGCAACUCCUCAGUGAGGUUUUCUAUGAAUGCAACAAGGAUCUUUUGGAAAAGGAUGCAAAAGAAAUGCCGCUCUCUGAAGUCCUGGAUAUCAAAGUUCCCACUUUAAAGACGGACGAAAAGCCAAUUGCUGAUGAAAAGUUGCUUUCUGAGAGUCAUUUCCAGAAAAAUGUUAAUUCCAGUGGUCUAAAGACGAUGGAACAAAUGCAUGGGGCUCUAACGUGGCCAAAUUUUCUUGAUUUUCCGGGUAUGGACUUUGAGGCUAUUUAUGGGAUGCGAAGAGCAUUCAGUGAAGGAGACAUAGAGACUCUUGGCAAUGGUAAUAUAAGCCUCGCGAGGCAACCAAAAAUUAUUAGCAGUUGCAUUUCUGAAGAUCGCAAGGAAAAGCUCUCGAGAUACAGGAGUAAGAAGUUGAAGAGGAAUUUCGGCAGGAAAAUCAAGUAUGCUUGCAGGAAGGCUCUGGCCGACAGCCAACCAAGAAUCCGUGGAAGAUUUGCGAAGACGGAAUAAGUAGAUGGUUGCAAGAAGAGACAACUCUUUGACAAGUAAGAAGAAAUGUAGGAAGUAGUCAAUAAACCGGAUGAUGUGAAGUAAGAUAUCGAUGGACCUGUUGAUAUAAAGAAAGAAAUCAACGGUAAUACUUGCCGGUUUGUUGAUGAAAUGAUUAGGCUCGGUGGUUGACUCGAUAAGCUGGUACUUAAUGCUUGGAAGCUAGAUAUCUCUUCUUAGUUGCUGUGAUCUACUCAGUAGAUGAUGUUUUCAAAUAGUGUAUAUAUUGCUUGCUUUAUAAAGAUUAAGAGUAAUUUUCAUGUCGAUUUUAUGAAUCCCGUCUAGAAACCCCUUUGAGCAAUGCAUGAGAAACAGGAAGAGAAGUGGUGAUCAACAAUUUUUAGAUUGAGAGUUGGAUGAAUUUUUACUGAAGUUACACA